GUAUACACAAUCAAUUUGGAAUCCCAGUACUUAUUAAUACAGGGAGUCCCUGCAGUGGGAGCCAUGAAGGAAUUAGUCGAGCGAUUUGCUCUGUACGGUGCGAUUGAACAGUAUAACGCUCUAGAUGAAUACCCAGCAGAAGAUUUUACAGAAGUUUAUCUCAUCAAGUUUGUGAAAUUACAAAGUGCAAGGGUAGCUAAGAAAAAGAUGGAUGAGCAGAGUUUCUUUGGUGGGUUACUUCAUGUAUGCUAUGCUCCAGAAUUUGAGACAGUUGAAGAAACUAGAAAAAAAUUAGAAGAAAGAAAGGCUUACAUUGCAAGAGCUACUAAAAACAAAGACUAUUACAUGACAAAGAAGAAACUGGUUCCAGAGCAAAAAGGAACAAAUGAUUCUAGACAAGAUUUCCAUCCACAUAUGCCUGGAUUUUGCACAACUUCUUUGAACACUUCUCCUGAGAACUCAAGUCCUUCUCUUCCUUAUUCUUGUGACUUGCCUUUAUGCUAUUUUGCCUCUCAAAGCAACUUUUUACCUGGGGAACAUAUGGACAGAGCAUCAAAUUCCUGUAGUAGCGGUAGGAACCAUAGUGAACUAUCAGAGCAUUGUAACUACAGUGCCUUUUCCCCAAAAGUACAGGUGAACACUUACAAGAAUUCACUACCUUGCUCUAGUGGGCAAGAGGUCAUUACUACCUCAGAGUCAGUCGGCAGAUUUAUGCCUAGGACAACACAGCUGCAGGAGAGGAAAAGAAGGAGAAACUGUGAUCAUGAACUUGGAAUGUUUCCUGAAACAAACACAGGCAGUAACGAGGUUGUGAUUGGACCUAAGUUACCAGGAAUUCCCACAGUGGAUCUGCAGGAUGACUCCUUGAAUACAACGGCAAAUUUAAUUCGGAGUAAACUUAAAGAGGUGAUUUCAUCUGUACCAAAGGCUCCAGAGGGCAAAUCGGAAGACCUGCAUACAAGUCACUCUCAAAAACGAAGAAGAAUAUAGCUUGCCAGUGAGUUAGUCUUGUUUUUUCUUUCUGUUUUCCUUUUGAGCCAGUGUCUCACUGGGUAACCCUGGCUGGCCUGGAACUCACUAUGUAGAUCAAGUUGGCCUUGGGCCUCUGCCACCUGGAUAUUAGGAUUAAAGGUAUGUACCACCACACCAAGCUAAAUUGAUAUUUUCUAGAAAGAUCCUUUUUUUUUUUUUUUUAUGUUUAGCCCAUUUUAAUUCUUUAAGGUAUCUUACUACUGGUGUUUUUAAAGUAAACUAUUUUUUUUGUAUUUCUUUUAAACUGUUUGCAAAUGUUUUUAAUCUUUUUUUGGAUCUACACUCAAUGUGGCAGAAACUGUUCUUUUCACAUUGAUUUCUUUUUAGUUUUUUGAGACAGGAUUUCUCUGUGUAGCCCUGGCUGCCCUGGAACUCACUCUGUAGACCAGGCUGUCCUCAAACUCAAAAAGAUCUACCUACCUCCGUCUCCUAAGUGCUGGGAUUAAAGGUGUGUGCCACCACCACACAGCUUGUAUUAAUUCUUAUAUUACAAUAUUGAAAUUGUUUGAAACAAAUAUAAAAAUCUAUAAUGCAAAUAAAUGCAGUCAGGAUCUGACUUUUAAUUCAGGUAUUGAGCCAUUUGUGUUCAAAUGGUAGUAGUCACGUUGUUCCUGAAUAUCAGGGCUUCAAAAUGAAGGCAAAUCUGUAAAGGACAAAUGCAAAAAAGUGUUAGAACAAAGUUGGUAUUAGAAAUGUACAUGUUGGGCUGGGCGGUGGUGGUGCACGCCUUUAUUCCCUGUACUUGGGAGGCAGAGGCAGGCCUGGUAUGUGAGUUUGAGGCCAGCCUGGUCUACACAGAGAAACUCUGUCUUGGGGGAAAAAAAAGGAAAAAAGAAAAAAGAAAUGUACAUGCUAUUGUGACUUCUAAGAAUAAUUUGCAUGAACUGUGAUGAGCUAAAAAAGAAUCGGUUUUGGAAAUUGUAGAUUUCUACUCUGUCAGCACACCUGUACUUCUGUAAGUGGACCAUGUAAUUUUGUACAGACUGUUUCUAUCUUCUGGGAAAAAUAAAUGUGGAAGGCACACCCUGCA